CUAACACAAUCACGACGGAAACCACGGGUUUCUCUCUCUCUCUCAUCUUCACUUUUCUGAGAGAUUUCGGCGGAGAGAGGGCAGUUUCUUUUACCCGCCGAUGAAGACCCACCGUGGCGACCCCUCUUGGGGUCGUCUCUGGCCACAAUUUGCCAUGGCAUUGGCUGUCCUUCUUCUUUCCGGCAAUGUAGGAUUGGUUGCCGGAAAUGCUUACGUCUACGCUUCUCCCCCACCGCCUCCUUAUGAGUACAAGUCGCCGCCGCCGCCUACGACUUAUUCUCCCCCUCCUCCUGUCUAUGACUCUCCUCCUCCUCCUUACUCGCCUGCUCCCGAGUAUAAGUCUCCUCCACCGCCGUCUCCGGUGUAUGAGUACAAGUCUCCACCACCACCGUCUCCAUCUCCUCCACCGCCAUACUAUUACAAGUCUCCACCUCCACCAUCUCCUUCUCCUCCACCACCAUACUACUAUAAGUCUCCUCCACCGCCAUCGCCAUCACCUCCUCCACCGUACUACUACAAAUCUCCUCCACCACCAUCUCCGUCACCUCCUCCACCAUAUUACUACAAAUCCCCACCACCACCAUCGCCGUCCCCUCCUCCACCAUACUACUACAAAUCCCCACCACCACCAUCGCCUUCACCACCUCCACCAUACUACUAUAAAUCACCGCCACCACCAUCGCCGUCGCCUCCUCCACCAUAUUACUACAAAUCCCCACCACCACCAUCACCCUCACCUCCUCCCCCGUACUACUACAAGUCUCCUCCACCACCAUCUCCAUCCCCGCCGCCACCACCGUACUACUACAAGUCCCCACCACCACCAUCACCCUCUCCUCCUCCACCAUACUACUACAAGUCCCCACCACCACCAUCUCCAUCACCUCCUCCUCCAUACUACUACAAGUCUCCCCCACCACCAUCACCGUCUCCUCCUCCACCAUACUACUACAAAUCACCUCCUCCUCUGGUGUACUCUCCUCCUCCACCAUACUACUACAAGUCACCUCCUCCACCUGUGUACUCUCCUCCCCCACCAUACUACUACAAGUCACCUCCUCCACCGGUGUACUCUCCUCCCCCACCAUACUACUACAAGUCACCUCCUCCUCCGGUGUACUCUCCUCCCCCACCAUACUACUACAAGUCACCUCCACCUCCGGUGUACUCUCCUCCCCCACCAUACUACUACAAGUCACCUCCUCCUCCGGUGUACUCUCCUCCCCCACCAUACUACUACAAGUCACCUCCUCCUCCGGUGUACUCUCCUCCCCCACCAUACUACUACAAGUCACCUCCUCCUCCGGUGUACUCUCCUCCCCCACCAUACUACUACAAGUCUCCUCCUCCUCCGGUCUACUCUCCUCCACCACCAUACUACUACAAAUCCCCACCACCACCACCCGUCUAUUACUACAAAUCUCCACCACCACCAGUCUACUACUCGCCUCCACCAAAGCCCUACACUCCUCCAUACUACCCACCCCACCACCACCGCCACCUAAUUUUCAAGGUGGUCGGAAAAGUCUACUGCAUCCGAUGCUACGACUGGGCAUACCCCGAAAAAUCACACAACAAGAAGCACCUUAAAGGAGCUAUUGUUGAAGUGAGCUGCAAGGCAGGAAACAAAGAGGUAGUGGCCUUUGGAAAGACCAAGAGCAAUGGCAAAUAUAGCAUUGAAGUCAAAGGCUUUCACUAUGCUAAAUACGGCGGCAAGGCUUGCACGGCUAAGCUCUACGCACCGCCCAAGGGCUCGUCGUGCAACAUCCCGACCAACCUUCAUUGGGGCAAGGUCGGAGCUAAGUUGAGAGUCAAGUCCAAGACUAAGAACGAGGUUGUGUUGUACGCUAAGCCUUUUGCUUAUGCUCCAAAGAAGCCUUACAAGGAGUGUUCUAAGCCUAAGCCUUACCACCCACCUCCUUACGUUUACAAGUCUCCACCUCCUCCUACCCCUGUUUACUACUACAAGUCCCCACCUCCCCCGUCCCCGACUUACUACUACAAGUCCCCACCUCCUCCAUCACCUACCUACUACUACAAAUCUCCUCCUCCACCUUCACCGGUGUACUAUUACAAGUCACCACCACCUCCAGUAUACUCUCCUCCUCCACCAUACUACUACAAAUCACCUCCACCUCCAGUAUACUCACCUCCCCCACCAUAUUACUACAAGUCACCUCCACCUCCGGUGUACUCACCUCCUCCACCAUACUACUACAAGUCUCCUCCACCACCAGUGUACUCUCCUCCACCACCAUACUACUACAAGUCACCUCCACCACCGGUGUACUCACCUCCCCCGCCAUACUACUACAAGUCUCCUCCACCACCAGUGUACUCUCCUCCACCACCAUACUACUACAAGUCACCUCCUCCUCCAGUCUACUCUCCUCCCCCGCCGUACUACUACAAGUCACCUCCACCACCAGUGUACUCUCCUCCACCACCAUACUACUACAAGUCACCUCCACCACCGGUGUACUCUCCUCCACCACCAUACUACUACAAGUCACCUCCUCCUCCAGUGUACUCUCCUCCCCCACCGUACUACUACAAGUCACCUCCUCCUCCAGUCUACUCUCCUCCACCACCGUACUACUACAAGUCACCUCCUCCUCCAGUCUACUCUCCUCCUCCACCAUACUACUACAAGUCACCUCCUCCACCGGUAUACUCUCCUCCCCCACCAUACUACUACAAGUCACCUCCUCCACCGGUAUACUCUCCUCCCCCACCAUACUACUACAAGUCUCCACCACCUCCAGUCUACUCUCCUCCCCCACCAUACUACUACAAGUCUCCACCACCUCCGGUCUACUCUCCUCCCCCACCAUACUACUACAAGUCUCCUCCACCUCCAGUCUACUCUCCUCCCCCACCAUACUACUACAAGUCACCUCCACCUCCAGUAUACUCUCCCCCCCCACCAUACUACUACAAGUCUCCUCCACCUCCAGUCUACUCUCCUCCUCCACCAUACUACUACAAGUCUCCACCACCACCUUCUCCAUCUCCCCCACCACCAUACUACUACAAGUCUCCUCCCCCACCAUCACCGUCACCUCCUCCACCGUACUACUACAAGUCCCCACCACCACCAUCCCCAUCACCUCCUCCUCCGUAUUACUACAAGUCCCCACCACCACCGUCCCCAUCACCUCCCCCUCCAUACUACUACAAGUCCCCACCACCACCGUCCCCAUCACCUCCCCCUCCAUACUACUACAAGUCCCCACCACCACCGUCCCCAUCACCUCCCCCUCCAUACUACUACAAGUCCCCACCACCACCGUCUCCAUCACCUCCUCCACCAUACUACUACCAAUCUCCUCCCCCUCCUUCACCUUCUCCUCCUCCCCCAUACUACUACAAAUCUCCCCCACCACCCGAAAAAGCCCUUCCCCCGGUUUACAUUUACGCAUCUCCGCCCCCACCUACCCACUAUUAAGUUCUAAAAAAGUUCGAUACCAAUCUUGUUUUAUUUUCAAAAGUGGAAUAAAUGAAGGCUUCAUUAGUGAAACAGUUAGUGGUGGUGAAUUCAGCCCAUUGAAUAAUAAGGGUCCUUUUGCAAAAACAGAGCAUUAUUCAAACAUUUUGGACCAGAUUGCAUCUUCUUCUCUCGUUGCCAUCUUCCAUAUUAUCUUAUUACUGUGUUCUUCUGGGAAAGUGGCCUCAAGGGUUGAGCUUGCAUCAAUGGCAGGGCUUGGAUGUUGCAGAAGAUGAUUAUUGUUUUGUGAUUUGAGUAGUGAAGCCUUUUGUUAUUUGUUUUAAUUCAUAUCUAUUUGUGAAUAGAUGAAGUAUGCAUUGGCUAAGAUUUGUGAUUUUGUUC